GCAAGCUGGUUGGUGCUCCGGUGGUGUUAGGGGUUUCCUCAGCGAGAGGACCCGGGUCGGGUUCCUGGGCCAAAACGCAGCAAGUGCGGCUCCGCCCCACGCCCGUCUUCUACUCCGGCGUGGGUUGUACCUGUUGGAUUGCUGCCUGUUGGGUUGCUGACUCUUUUGCGGGUGGGGCGGCGGCGGAUGCUGGCAAUCUUAGAUAUGGGGUGCAGCAGGCUUUCCAGAAGUAGGCGGGUUGCUUUUUUUGUUAUUUCCAGAAAUGUCGUAGUCGCCGCUUUUCCUAAGAAGGCUAGCCUGUUGAGUUUCUGCCUUUUGCAUGAUUUCUAAAGGCUCAACGAGCCCUGAUUUGCUGUGGGGAGUUGGCAGUGUGUGUUUUGGGGGAGUGGCCGUUUCUAAAGUGGGGAACUGUCAAAUGUAGCCCUGGACCCCAAGUUUCUACUGGAGUCGGUAGGGGACAUGUGCUGGCUUCGUUCAUGACAAAGGUAAAGGAGACAACAAUACUGUACACCUGCCAUAGCUUUCUCUUCCUGUUUCCCACAAGCUCUUGUCGGAGAGAUGUCCCACAACAAACGUAGCAGCAAGGGAGCCGGCCCUUCUCAGGCACAGCACAUGGGUUCAGAUGAAGAAGGCACACUGAGUCAAACGCAGACACCCAGCCCGGUGCGGCGUAACUUGGAGCGACGCCCACAGAAUCAAGUGGAACUCAAAGCAAAUGAGCUCGUGCAGUUUUUUCUGUUCAAAGACCAAAAGAAGCUCCCAAUUAAAAGGGCAGAUAUUCUGAAACAUGUUGUCAAAGACUAUAAAGAUGUCUUUCCUGAGAUCCUCAGACGCGCCAAUGGGAUCCUUCAGCUGGUAUUUGGAAUGGAGUUGGUGGAAAUUGACCCCAAAAAUCACACAUACAUCGUGAUCAAUAAAUUGCCACCACUGAAACAGAAGAGCUUUGAAGACAAUGACAUCGUCUGCAAGAUGGGGCUCCUCCUUGCCAUUCUCGGCCUGAUCUUCAUGAAGGGCAACGUAGCUAAAGAAUCUGCUGUUUGGGAGCUGCUGAAGAGGCUGCGAAUUGACAGCUCUGGGGGAAGCUACAAGGCAUUUGGUGAUGUGAAGAAGCUCGUGGCAGAGGAAUUUGUCAAGCAAAAGUACCUGGAAUAUACUCGCCUCCCACACACUGAUCCACCUGAGUUUGAGUUCAGAUGGGGACCACGGGCUGUUAAAGAAAUCACCAAGGAGGAGGUGUUACAGUUUGUUGCUAAGAUAAAGAACAGGGACCCCAAAUCCUGGACAAGCCAGUAUAAGGAGGCUGAAGCAGACGCCAAUGCUGCAGUAAGAAAAUAGCUGUUACGGCGUUGGAUUACAGGGAGUCAUCGGAACCCCCAAGUGGAAGUGGGUCUGCAGCCUUCUAUGACUACAGCUGGGAGAAGUGCUUUGAGGUUCAUUUUAUAGGGCUUGGCUCCAUAUAAAGCACUCUAUGCAGCUUGCUAGGUUUCCUCCAGAUGGAGGAAAGAUUCCGUAAAACACUUGGGUCACUUAAUCCUUCAGUCGGAAAAGAUUUAUCCAUAAAGAACAUGUCUGAUUGAUGGUUAAGUUCAACAUCUUUGUGAUGGUUUUUUUUUAAAAAAAAAUUGUAUGGUUUUAUAUUGGUCAGGAGAAUAUGGAUCAAAGGUAAAAGUUAUACUCUGAUAUAGAAUGUUUCUUUAUUUAACUGCCUCUGUAAUACGGAUAACACACAUUGUAAAGAGUGUUUAUUCAUUAAAACAAAAUAAAAAUAUAGGGCACCUUCA